UAGCGGAAGGCAGCGCGUGUUCUGCUUCUUUAAACCUAGUUGCAGGAAGCGCGCGAUCAGUUCGUGUUGUUAUCAGAAACUUUUCAUGUUACCGAAGCAAUGGUAGGAUCGCUUUGCGAAGAGGAUUAGCACGCCUCAAGUCGGAGAUAACCAGAGGUAUUCCUGGAUACGACAAAAUGGCUUCCAAGUCAACACAAAAACCACCACCAAGGAAGCCACGACGUUUCACCAAAAAACACAUGUUAACAGAAGAAAAGAUUCAAGAAUUACAUGAAACAUUUUCAGUGUUUGAUAAAAAUGGCGAUGGUAUGAUUACAACAGAAGAACUAGGCACCGUUAUGAUAUCAUUAGGGCAGCGACCAACCAUUCCUGAAUUAAAAACAUUUAUAAGAAAAGUUGACCAUGAUCGAAGUGGUACCAUAGAUUUUGACGAAUUUGUCCAAAUCUUUUCCAAGAAAGUUACAAUGGAUCCAGAGAAAGAAUUGUAUGAAGUGUUUCGAGUUUUCGACGACAAUAAAGAUGGCUUUAUCAGCCCUACAGAAUUAUAUAAUGUAUUGAAAAAACUCGGCGAAAAAAUUUCAAUGAGAGAGGCCCAGGAAAUGGUGAAAGAAGCGGAUUUGAAUGGCGAUGGAAGGGUUGAUUAUGCAGAAUUCAAAGCUAUCCUGACGUCGAGAUGAUUGGCCAUUAGAUGUAUUAUAACCAGACGAAUGGUGUUAAUAUGAUACCAAAUAUUUUCAUAAAAUUCAAUCUGAUUAAAAUACAGAUCUUUAUUUCGUUUCGUUCUUUUAUAUUUUCGAUUUCCUCCACUACAUCACCCAGAAUACGAUUUAUAUAACAACUAACCGAGUCCCUGGGUCCCGUUCAUUUAAACGUAAAAUAUAAUAUUUUAAGAGUUCUAGAAGUUCAGUGAGUGAGCUCCUGGCCAAUGAAAUGGCAACCUUCUUAAAUUUUAGCAUAAGUUUGUAGGGCCCCAGGUUCUGGGAAAGUUGUUAAAUAACCCGCUUUCUGGGUGAUGUAGUAGAGGUUAUCGAAAGUAUAAAAGAACUAUUUGUUAAAGCUAACUCAAUUUUUCGUCAUGGUCACCUGAGAUGUAAAUAAGGUUAGGGCACGUGAUUGUUGGUGAGGUUAGGGUUAGGGCUAGGUCUAGAGUUAGGGUUGGGAUUAGUGCUAGCCCUGUUUACAUCUCAUGGCCUUUGACCAAACUUGAAGUUGGCCUUAUCAAAUAUAUCUGACCGACCCUGGUGUUGUAAAGACAUGUAAAACGAAAUUUUGAACUAUAAAAAACGAAACGAAAUAAGAUCUGUGUUUCAAUCAGAUUGCAUACAAUUAUUAUAAGAACAAAGUGUAUACGUUGUAAGACGAUAUAAUUACAAUUAAAUUAAAGAUGCAUUAUGUAAGAUUUAGAUAAAGAGCUGACUGUUCUCGCCAUAAUAGUUUAAAAAUAGAUAAUGAAAAAGGAAUAUGUCGAAAAUUACAGUCAAAUUACUUCAUUCUGAGCGAAGUUAUGGCUGUUUGGAGAAUAACGGAGUCUCGAUUUUCAUUGCUACCGUUGUCAUGAUUAUCCACUUUUAAAUUAAAUUAUUAAAUGGCGAUACUGUUUCAAUCCAUUGAAAUCUUGGUCAUCCGAUGAUCUAGAGAGUUGUUUAUAUGCUUGUCAUGAUAAUAAAUAUCUAGCUCAAAAUGAAUACAACAUUUCAAGCCAAAAGAAAGAUUUGCAUUAGACAGAUUUUAGCUCUUACAUAAUGCAUCUUUAAGACUUCGUUUCCUUUAUUUUUUUCUGAUUUGUAAUCUAAGUUACUUUCCAUCACAACCGUUAGUCGCUUUCCUAUGUCUGUAAGCCAAUCAUACUGGGUUCAUCAGGAUCCCUUUUAUAUACGCUUUCGUUUUAAAAUUCACAUAGCGCCCCACAAAACGCAGCCCGGAAUACGAAUACAGAUAAUUUGACAGGUAACAUUAUCACGUGAUGUGGACAACCAGAACCUCACAGUCGUCAUUCGUAUAAUAUUUGUCUGAAUGACAGAGACUACUUUUAACAUCAAUACUCGAACAACCACAUUCGGUAUUCUAACACAAAACAACAGUUACUUUAACAAAAUGAAAAAAACACUCUACAUUUGUAUUUGGAAAGAUAAAUCACUUCUGACACAACUGUUGAAUUAGAAAAAUAGGACCAUUUAUAUUUAUUUAGUUCAGAAAUAAUCCAAAUAUAAACGUUUGUUGUUGUGUAAGUGUAGUUUAAUGGUCGAGAGCGAGCAAAGUAAUAUAUUGAUAUUGCACGAGUGCUAAGUGUAGUUUAAUGGUCGAGCGCGAGACAUUAAGUAAUAUAUUGAUAUUGCACGAGUGCUAUGAUUGUGUAGUUUAAUGGUGGAGCGCGAGACAUUAACUAAUAUAUUGAUAUUGCACGAGUACGUUUAGGACCAGUUCUAUAACUAUAUAUUACGCAAUGUCUUGCAUGAGACCAUUAAAUAACUUAAAAUACAGACAUUAUCCGGCACGUGCAUUUCAAUGAAAUACGUCAAGCAGGUCCAAUAUUUUAACUAGUAUAAAUAGUGUACGCUUGGCACAUUGCCCGUACCAAAUUCAGUCCCUUCCAUUCCCAUUUCAAAUAAUGGUACGCCAACAUCAAAGGAUGACGUCACAUCUGUAUUUUAAAUACAUUAUUUCAAAUAAUGGUACGGACAAUGUACCAAAUUCGGUCCCUUCCAUUCCCACUCUUUAGGCCAGCACUGUAGCAUAAUAUCAAAUUGUACAGUAGUAACUCAUGGUAAAAUUUAAACUAAAGCUAUUUUUUAAAUUUGUAUUUUAUUAUAUUUCCAUAUUCCUUUAAAGAUUUAUAUUUGAUUGUCUCAUAUGCAGGGGCGGACUCAGACCAACUGGUUUUCUUGGACUCCGAUCGCGGUGAACAAUUUUUGUAGAAUGAAAAAAAAACGAAACUAGUUUGAUUCAACUUUCUCGCACCACCAUUUUCUCCCCGAAAUUAGGUCAUCAUAGUUUUCGGUGGAUCCGAAGAUGAUUUUUAAUUACUUUGAAAAAAUAUAUGUCAAUUUUGUUUUCAAUUGGAACCUAUGGGUCCCUGACUCCUGACCCCUCUGCGCCUUCGGAACACGUCCGACAGUCUGAGUCCAAGCCCGCCCCUGCACAUGUAUAAAUGUUAUUGUUAUAUAUGUAUCUAUUGUUCGUCACGUGAUCUAUAUAUAUAUAUAUAUAAUAUAUAUAUAUAUAUAUGACUAUCUCUAUGUUGGUUAUAUCUCCAUGUAUAUAAGUCAAUAUUAUAAAA